CAAAUUGAAAAUCAAUGCUAUACCAUGUCCCAUUGGCUUGCAUCGUGAAUUGAUCUUGUACAAUGUUGGUUCCAGUAAGUUACCAUGUCCAAAACACUGACACCAACAGAGCAGAACAGGACAGAUCAAGGCAGCAUGACCAAAAGAAAAACUCGCAGCAGCACAAAAGCAGAUCAGAAAACCGUUGAAAAUGAAAACGACCCCAUCGCCGCAACUCAGGAACAAGACUCACCCAUGAAAGCCCCCAUCACCCAAACCCAAGCAGAAGAACAACAUCAACAACACAAGCAAGACCCGCCAACAAUCCACCAUUUCACACUCCCGUUCAAAGACGACAAGGAAAUCACCUGCGAGCGCCGCGUCCCCACCACCAGUGAUGGCAGCAACAAUCGUACCAACCAUGCUCCUCACACUCUCAUUUUCACUCAUGGCGCCGGAGGCGGAAUCACCGCGCCUUCGACCUCGGACUUCGCUACUGGGUUCUCGAGUUUUGCGCCAAUAGUUUGCUAUCAAGGGACGAUGAAUCUUACGAAUCGGAUCAAGUAUUUUCAUAUUGUAAUUGAGAAUGAGAAGAAACAUACACAGACGACUACGACUAGCGAGGUGGUUCUGGGUGGACGGAGUAUGGGUGCUCGGGCGGCAGUGUUGACGGCGCUGGAGCGGCGAGAGAAGAUGUCGGAGAAGGAAAAAAAUGGAGCGUUGGUGUUGGUGAGUUAUCCUUUGAUGGCGGGCACCAAAGGGGAGAAGAGGGAGGAGGAGAGGAGAGAGAAGAUUUUGAAGGAUUUAGAUGAGGGAAUGGAUGUCUUGUUCAUUGUGGGGGAUGCAGAUGCCCAAUGUCCGAUGGAAAUGUUGGAGGAGAUGAGAGGUGUGAUGAGGGCGAGGAGUUGGGUUUGUGUGGUUGAAGGGGCGGAUCAUGGGAUGGGGAUGAAGCCGAAUAAGGCUGCGGAAGAUAUGAGGAGGAAGACGGGAGAGGUUGCUGCGAGGUGGUUGGAAGAGAGGCAUGACGAGGCGAGGGACAGUACGAUGUCGUGGGAUGGUGAGAGCGGAGAGAUUGUCUAUAGCGGGUGGCAGAGGACAUGUUCCGGUGAGCAGCCUAAAGGCAAGAAACAGAAAUUGUAGCAUGUGGUUUCUUGAAAGAGUUGUUGCACAAGAUGGUAUAGCGACGUCGUUGGCCACGUCGUGCAAGCAGGAGAAAUGCAUCAUCGUGACGAGCGAGAUGCGCUCUCGUUACUGC